AUGGCCACAAUCGCAAUUCAUGAUCUCAUAACCCUCCAACAAGGCGGAUACCGUGACGCCAACCUAACACAUCUUAAGCUUGCCUCCCCUUUAACCUCCUUUCCUGAGGAGAUUCUCUCUCUUGGCCUGUCCCUCACAACCCUCGACCUCUCAGGGACAGGCCUCUCUUCUCUCCCAUCCAAUCUGGGCGCUGCCCUGCCAAAUCUCAAAACUAUCCUUCUAGACAACUGCAGCUUCGCUAUCUUUCCCUCUGAAGCUGUCUCCUCCUGUCCGAACCUCACAAUCGUCUCCCUCGCGAAUAACCAAAUCUCCUCCAUCCCAGAGGACAUCCCACUCCCUUCCGCGCUAGAAACCCUCAUCGUCACCAACAACCGACUCACCUCCCUUCCUAAAGUGCCUUUUGUCCCCUGCAAGAACCUAUCUAUACUCCGUCUAUCCCAUAACUCCCUCACUUCUCUACCACGAUGGCUCUUCACCUCUCUCCCUUCCCUUUCACAACUCUCCUUCGCGGCCAACCCCUGCUGCACAGCUUGCCAAGUCCCAAACGGCGUUCACCGGGGGUGUUGUGCGCUAGCUGAUAUCCCGUUCAAGGAGCUUGAGCAGCAGUCUGAGGAGCCAGUGCCGAGCUUGGGGUUUACCACAGCGACUGUUUGCAAGGGGCAAUGGAAGCAGAGCGAGGAGUAUGCUGAGGAGGUGGCUGUUCUGACCUUUUGGGGGAAGAAGGGGGAGCAGGAGAUGGAUGUGUGGAUUGAGGCUGGGGCUCACGAGAGUUUGCUAUCUGUUUGGGGACGGGUAACUGGGCAUCCAGGGGAAGAUACCGACGAAGAGGAGGGUUUUAAGGGAGCUAUCGUUGCGCAGCUCGUGCCCGAGGGGUAUUACCCCCUUGCUAAACCCCCAUCUGCUCUCGACUUGGGCAUCAGCAGUACGACGGAGGAAGACUCCCAACCUCUCGAACUGAGCCACUCCUCCGCGCUAGCGAUGUUAGCCUCCAUUGCUGGCGCCCUCUCCCAUCUCCACGAGCAGGGUAUCGCUCAUGGGAAUCUUCAUCCCUCCAACAUCCUUGCCAGCACAGAACUCGAACAUGCUUUGCUUGUUGGCUUCGGGGAAGCAACUAUUUACAGACAUGGCAAUCUCAGCGAGAGGUCCGGGGUCGAAAAGAUCGAGGUACUAGCGUUUGCAAAGGUGUUGGAGCAUGUACUGGGGCUGGUGAAGCCUGGAUCUGAGGGGGAUGAAGAGAGGGAGAGGUUGGUAAGGAGGGGCUUGGAGGAGUUAAGGGCCAGGUGUAGCGCCCCAGGGGUAGAGGAGAGACCGGCAUUUGAGGAGAUUAGGGAGGCGUUGGAAGAGAUGGUGGGGUGGAGGAGGAUGAUGAGGAUUCCGGGGUAG